AUGACCUCUCUGUUCAAGCUAGUGGCCUUGUUGUCAUUGGCCACCACCACCUCUGCCUUUAUCAACGGCGUCAACUUUGGUGGUUUGUUCAUCUUGGAGACAAGCUGGAUGUACGACAAGUUUGAAGCUGCAUGUGAGGCCGACUUUGUCGCCCAGCUGAUUAAGGAGGAUGGUCUUGACUACGCCAUCCAAACGUUUCGAAACCACUGGAAUUCCUAUAUCCCGGUCGAAUUGUACGACAUGCUGUCUGUGGCAAACAUCUCUCACGUGAGGCUACCCGUGGGCUUUCAUACCUUCGACACGCCAUUGACGGAUUUCAACACCACCAUGUACAACUACGGCUUGAGUGCUGAGGGCUUUGUGACGGGCGGUGUCAAUCACGUUUUGGAGGUCGUGGCUGAGCUCAAGGAUCGUGGCAUCAAGGUGAUUUUAGAUGUCCAUGCCCAGAUUGGAGGUGCCAGCAAGUGCUCCGCCUACUCGGGUUGGUCCGUGGCGAACGCUAAUGAGUCCUUCUGGCAAGGAUCACCCGCCACAAAUUCGGCCUCGUGCGCCAGUUCCGGGUUUUACCAAUCCCGACGAAGCUCGGACAAGACGUACCUCGAAUAUGGUGCCGAGAUGGUCACCGAGACCAUUGUCCCCUUCAUCGUCGGGCUCCAGCAGCACUCGGUCUACAGUGACACGAUCGUCGGUCUCGAGUUGAUCAACGAACCCGGCCUGAGCUGGAACAAUCUCGAAUCAGAGAUCCAGCAGUACAUCAUGGCGACUGCGCCAUCUGCCCACAAGCAGUUUUCGGAGGCCAAGCUCGACGUGCAGCUGAUCCUCAACUUUAUCAGCCCCAACCAAGACGGCAUGGCCGCCUGGGUCAAGGCCCAGCAAACGAGUGGGGCCCUGCCGGCCAUCCUCAUUGACUACCACAACUACUACAACUGGGACGGGCCGCUCACCAUGGAUGAGGCGCUGGCACGUUCUUGCAACGCGACCGAGACCGACUCGCGCUGGAGUCAGUACACCGAUGCGGGCUUGCCCACCUUCAUCGGCGAGUGGUCGACCGCCACCAAUCUCGGGGAUCCUGCCUUUUCCGACGUGGACAACGCCACGGUCGCCAAGUUCCUCUCACAUCUGUACGCCAACCAGGUCUCAGUGAUCCUCAACUCGAAGAACGUGGUGGGUCAUUGCCACUGGACAGCUCGUAUGGGUUCAGGUUGGGACCCACGUCCUACCUCAGCCGACCCCAAUGGCCGGCAAGACGAGGGCACCAGCUUCAAGAAGUCGCAUCCUUCCUUUGGCAAUCGCCUCUGGAAUUGGGCCGAGAUGAUGGACCUGGGCAUCUUCAAACCGCUCUUUGCGUUGGACGUGACCGGACGCUGCGCAUGCGAGGGUUGCCAGACCCACAUGUCCAACUAA